GGCUAAGGGAGUCACGUGAGAGUGGGCGGAGGACGCAGAGCGGGGCUCCACGGCUUGUGCGUCUCUAUGGCUGUCAGAGGUGGGCGGCUUUCUCCGAGUUGCUGCUAAAGCUGGAGCGCGGACGGGAUGUUUCGUCUUAACGCCCUUUCUGCAUUGGCAGAGCUAGCUGUGGGCUCUCGCUGGUACCAUGGAGCAUCACAGCCCGCACAGACCAAACGAAGGCUGAUGUUGGUGGCGUUCCUGGGAGCAUCUGCAGUGACUGCAAGUACCGGUCUCCUAUGGAAGAAGGCUCACGCGGAGUCUCCACCAUGCGUCAACAGCAAGAAGACUGACCCGGGAGAGAAAGGGAAAACCAAAGACACCGGGGAAGUGUCCAGCCAUGAAGGAAGGGCUGCAGAUGCUGUGGCUGAGCCUUAUCCUGAGGAGAAGAAGAAGAAGCGCUCUGGAUUCAGAGACAGAAAAGUGAUGGAGUAUGAGAAUCGGAUCCGAGCCUACUCCACACCUGACAAAAUCUUCCGAUAUUUUGCCACCUUGAAAGUAAUCAAUGAACCUGGUGAAACCGAAGUGUUCAUGACUCCGCAGGACUUCGUGCGCUCUAUAACACCCAAUGAGAAGCAGCCAGAACACUUGGGCCUGGAUCAGUAUAUAAUAAAGCGCUUUGACGGAAAGAAAAUCGCCCAGGAACGAGAAAAAUUUGCUGAUGAAGGCAGCAUCUUCUACACCCUUGGAGAGUGUGGGCUCAUCUCUUUCUCUGACUACAUCUUCCUCACAACCGUCCUCUCCACUCCUCAGAGGAACUUUGAAAUUGCCUUCAAGAUGUUUGACUUGAACGGAGACGGAGAAGUAGACAUGGAGGAGUUUGAGCAGGUUCAGAGCAUCAUCCGCUCCCAAACCAGCAUGGGUAUGCGUCACAGAGAUCGCCCAACUACUGGGAACACCCUCAAGUCUGGCUUAUGUUCGGCCCUCACGACAUACUUUUUUGGAGCUGACCUGAAAGGGAAAUUGACCAUUAAAAACUUCCUGGAAUUUCAGCGUAAACUUCAGCAUGACGUUCUAAAGCUGGAGUUUGAACGCCAUGACCCGGUAGAUGGAAGGAUCUCUGAGAGGCAGUUCGGGGGCAUGCUGCUGGCCUACAGUGGGGUGCAGUCCAAGAAGCUGACCGCCAUGCAGAGACAGCUGAAGAAGCACUUCAAAGACGGGAAGGGCCUGACCUUCCAGGAGGUGGAGAACUUCUUCACUUUCCUCAAGAACAUUAAUGACGUGGACACGGCACUAAGCUUUUACCACAUGGCUGGAGCAUCUCUCGAUAAAGUAACCAUGCAGCAAGUGGCCAGGACAGUGGCGAAGGUCGAACUGUCGGACCAUGUGUGUGACGUGGUGUUUGCGCUCUUUGACUGCGACGGCAAUGGGGAGCUGAGCAAUAAGGAGUUCGUUUCCAUCAUGAAGCAGCGGCUGAUGAGAGGCCUGGAGAAGCCCAAGGACAUGGGCUUUACCCGGCUCAUGCAGGCUAUGUGGAAAUGUGCCCAAGAAACUGCCUGGGACUUUGCUCUCCCCAAAUAAUAUCCCCACCUCCUGCAUUUAGCGCCCCGCGACCCUUGGAGUGGCCCUCUGUGCUGCUGCUGCUUCUGGGAGUAGUGCCCUCCUUCCCCAUCUCUCUGGGAGUGACCUCUGGGCUCCACUGACUUAGCUCUCCACCCUUCUGUGACCCAGUCAGUGUUCUGCUAGGCUCUGAGUCUGCGGUCAGAUCAAAGGUCCAAAAACAGGAACAAGUCUUCAAAGUAGAGACCUUAGCUCCCUUAACAAGUGCCCUGCGGGUAAAUGCAGGGAGCCCUCCCAACUCCUGCCAGCCCUGGGUGCCUAUCUGCUCUGCAGUCUCUGACCGUGGAUUUGUAUUAACAAGAACACUCCCUGCCAUCUUCCUCUCGCUGCUUUUAAGCUGCAAGUUUGGGGAUACUCUGGCAGGCAAAAGGAAGUCUGUGAUGAAUGAUAGACCCUCGCACCCUGAGCUGGCAGGAAGCCUGGCCAGAGGAAGGGUCUGUGUCAGAUACUAGUGGCUCCAGGAAGGCCCUGUGCCCCCAGCAGAAUUCCUUUGAGAACUGCUUUGAGCAGCUCUCCAGAGACUCCCUGCUGUUUGGCUCUCCUCCCUGCUCCCUGCGAGCCUCCUCUGGGACUCUGCUUCUCUAGAGCAAUGGCUGAGUCCCCGUGCCUUGUGUCCUUGUCCCCUCUCUAUGGACCUGCCGAGCCCAGCCCAGCUCAGCUCAGAGCCUAGCUGCCCUCUGUCUAAAACACUCAUAAAAUAUCACUUUAAUUAUAACACUUUGCAGGAAACACC